AUGCCUGGAGUUACUGUAAAAGACGUGAACCAGCAGGAGUUCGUCAGCGCUCUGGCAGCCUUCCUCAACAAGUCCGGGAAGCUGAAAGUCCCCGAAUGGGUGGGCACCGUCAAGCUGGCCAAGCUUGGCCAAGAACUUGCUCCCUAUGAUGAGAACUGGUUCUACACACGAGCUGCUUCUACGGCACCUUGGGUCCUCCAAGCCCUGGAGGGGCUGAAAAUGGUGGAAAAGGACCAAGAUGGGGGCCGCAAACUGACGCCUCAGGGACAGAGAGAUCUGGACAGAAUCGCUGGACAGGUGGCACCUGCCAACAAGAAGUGUUAG